AUGCUCUCAACUUUGCAAAAUUUCGAUAACGGUGGGGAGGGAGUCGCUCACCCCGACGAUGAUCGAAAUACCAAAAAAGUAAGGUUUAAAGUGAAUGGUGUUGAGGAAGACACUUCUAUGGCUGUGGAUCACGAACCACAACCCAGUAUGACAUGGAAAGAAAAAUUGCUAGGGGUCCAUGGUGCUGCUUCCGAAUCUGUUCGUGAUGGGCCUUCUGUAGAUAAUGAGAAUGAAUUCGAACUACUUGAAGGGGACGUCAAUAUGUCAAUCAUUGAUGGGAUUCCUGUUAUCGAUUUUUCGGGUCGUGUAAAGGAAAUCCUCUUCAAAGAAAUGGAGUUGACUAUCAUUGAUCCUAAUGACUAUAACAGAGUUUUAUCUCAGGGUCCGUGGACAGUUUAUAGUCAGUAUCUGACCGUACAACCAUGGACUAAACAUUUCAGCCCCUUGCAACCUUACCCGAGUGUUGUGCUAGGGUGGAUACGAUUGCUUAAUCUCCCGGGAUAUCUUUAUAAAAGGAAGAUCAUCGAAGCCAUCAGUGGCCUCAUUGGGAAGGUCCUUGUUGACGGAAUUGCUCAACGUGUUGAAUACGAAGCCCUCCCGACCGUGUGCUUCACUUGUGGCAAUUAUGGUAAAGUAAAGGAGAUGUGUAAUUCGGCUGUGUCAAGCCAAAACCUCACGGGACUAGCGAACAAAACAGAUAAACCUCAUGCUGAUCUAACGACCGUGGCGGACUCUACUCCGGUGGAUAGCAUAGAUAGGGAAAAAUUAAUUUCCGUUAACAGAGAAAAGGGCCCAGAAUUUGAGUCGUAG